CUCCAUCCUUUCAUUCUUUGAAAACCAAAGCUCAUGCACUCAUAGAACUCUCCUUUCAUUCCUCAGUUUCUCAUUUUGUUAUAAUUUACAAUUCUUGCCUCCUCCAUCAUUCCUACAGUUAGAUUUCCAUUAUUAUAAGAUGGAUAGAUUUACAAUAUUGUGCACUGUGGGGAUGGUAUUACACUUGUGGAUGGCUGUUACAGAAGCAGACUACAUGAAGUAUAAGGAUCCAAAUCAGCCAGUGAAUGUUAGGGUCCGAGACUUGUUGAGUCGAAUGACACUUGAAGAAAAGAUUGGGCAGAUGACCCAAAUUGACAGAAAGAUUUCAAGCAAAGAGAUCAUGAAGAAAUACUUUAUAGGAAGUGUAUUGAUGGUGAGGAGUUCAUCCAUCCCAACUAAACUAGACUCUUCGGUGAUUGUAAUAAUUUUUUGUGAUAUAAGUAGCACAUUGAGGCAAGGGGAUCCAGAACUUGUGAAGAGGAUAGGAGCCGCAACUGCACUCGAAACUAGAGCUACUGGAAUCCCAUAUACUUUUGCACCUUGUAUUGCAGUUUGCAGGGAUCCAAGAUGGGGUCGCUGCUAUGAAAGCUAUAGCGAAGAUCAUAAAAUUGUUCAGGCAAUGACUGAGAUUAUCCCUGGUUUACAGGGGGAUGUUCCUGCUAAUUUUCCAAAGGGCAUUCCCUACAUAGCAGGAAGAAACAAGGUUGCAGGAUGUGCUAAGCACUUUGUGGGAGAUGGUGGCACAACCAAUGGGAUUAAUGAGAACAACACAGUGAUUGACUGGAAUGGGCUGCAAAGCAUCCACAUGCCUGCAUAUCUUGACUCCAUUAAAAAGGGUGUUGCAACAGUGAUGGUAUCCUACUCAAGCUGGAAUGGAGAAAAGAUGCAUGCUAACAAGAAACUCAUAACUGGAUAUCUCAAGAAACAGCUCAAAUUCAAAGGUUUUGUCAUAUCAGAUUCGCAGGGUAUUGACAGGAUUACCUCCCCUCCUCAUGCUAAUUAUACUUACUCUGUUGAAGCUGGAAUUCUCGCUGGAAUAGACAUGAUAAUGGUCCCAGAGAAAUUUACUGAGUUUAUAGAUGACCUGACUUCACUUGUGAAAAAGAAUGUGAUCCCUAUGACCAGAAUUGAUGAUGCUGUAAGGAGAAUAUUGAGGGUGAAGUUUGUCUUAGGUCUCUUUGAAAACCCAAUGGCUGAUUAUAGCUUGGUCCAUGAAUUGGGAAGCCAGGAGCAUAGAGAAUUGGCCAGUGAAGCUGUGAGGAAAUCUCUUGUGCUUUUGAAAAACGGUAAAAAUAUUGAUGAGCCACUGCUUCCUCUUCCAAAAAGAGCAUCAAAGAUACUUGUUGCAGGAAGCCAUGCUCACAACAUUGGUAAUCAAUGCGGAGGGUGGACUAUUGAGUGGCGAGGACUAGCCGGAAACAUCACAGUUGGUACCACUAUCUUAACAGCUGUGAAGAACACUGUUGAUCCACUAACGGAAGUUGUGUACAGGGAAAAUCCUGAAACAGAACUUCUGAAAUCCAACAAAUUCUCAUAUGCCAUUGUGGUUGUCGGUGAACCACCUUACAGCGAAAGCUUUGGUGAUAACAUGAAUUUGACCAUCCCAGAAUCUGGCAUUAGGACAAUCAAUAAUGUCUGUGAAGCGAUAAAAUGUGUGGUGGUAAUCAUAUCAGGUCGCCCUGUGGUGAUCGAGCCAUAUCUUGCUAAAAUCGAGGCAUUAGUGGCUGCUUGGCUGCCAGGAACUGAAGGCCAGGGUGUUGCAGAUGUUCUAUUUGGUGGCUAUGGUUUUACAGGCAAGCUUGCAAGAACUUGGUUCAAGACAGUUGAUCAGCUUCCAAUGAAUGUUGGUGAUCCACAUUAUGAUCCUUUGUUUCCAUUUGGCUAUGGCCUCACAACUUCACCUACAGAACUCAGAGCAUCUCAGUAAAUAUUACAGGAUUCAACCUUAUUCUUCUAGUCGUUAUAGCUGGCACACUCAAUUUAUAGCUGUAUAUAUACUGAAAUAGAGCUAUAGCAGAUUGUAUUAGAAUUGUCAAUGACAGUUGCUUGUGGAUUUGAAACUAUUUAUUCUACACAUAAAUAAUUACAAGGUUAUAUUUAUGACAUGGGUGAAGAUUUUGUUGGGAAA